GCCCGCUCCCGGCUGCGGCAGCCAGCGCGGCGCCGGCAACAACUUUCCGUGCGCGGCGGCGCGGAGCGGCGCGGAGCAUCCCCCCCCCGCCCCCAGCCCGCCUCUCCCCGGCGGGGGGGGGAGCGGCGGCGGCGGCGGCGGCCCCGGGGGCGGCCAUGCUGGGUCCGGCGGUGCGGCUGGCGCUGGGCGCGGGGGAGCUGGUGCCGGCGGCCGCGGGGCUGCCGGGGCGGCUGCUGGCCCUGCUCUGGCCGGCGCUGGUGCUGGGGGCGGCCGCGCUGCUGGUCCUGCGGGGGCUGCGGCGAGGCCGGGCCGAGCAAGGGGCCCGCCGCCGCCGCCGCCGCGCCGCCGGGAAGGCGCGGGAGGAGGCGGAGGAGGAGGAGGAGGAGGAAGAGGAGGAGGAAGAGGAGGAGGAGGAGGGGGAGGAGGAGGAGGAGGAUGGCCCCGCGGGGGCCGGCGGCCGGGCGGCCGCGGCGCUGCCGGCGCGGCAGCCGGAGGAACAAAGGCGCACGGCGCAGGUUCCAGUGAAUGGCCAGCUUAGAACAUCAGCCAACAGCAGAGAGAAAAAGCUCCUCAAGCCUAAGAAGAAGAGGAAAGCCCAGUGCUCAGACAAGGAGGUGCCAAAAGAUUUGCUUUCUGUGGAAAAAGACAAACUGCAAGAGGAGGAAGGAGUUUGGCAGACCAAGAUCAGCAGCCGAGAAAAGAGACACUUAAGGAAGGAAAGGCUGAAACAAAAAGACCCCAGCAGAGCAUCCCUGGGUAGCUCGGCAGUUGAGCCAGCCUUUGACUGGGCUGAGAAGGGAGCGGUGUGGCCACUCACAGAGGACACCAGUGGCAGUGGAAAAGGUGCUUUCGUUGCCAAGGCAGAGUGUGGGGCUGUGCUGAAGGCCUCAGGAGCCAUACGGGAAGAACUGACACCCUCCCAGUCAGAAGAGGAUGUUUUCUCCAAUGUAGGAACAUGGGAUAUUGCAGAAGUAAAAUCCUGUCCUGUGACCUUUGGGACGUUAUCAUCAGAGCUGUCCAGGGAGUUAGAUAAUGUGAAGAGUAAAUCAUCUGAGGACAGUCCUUCCAGAUGCUGUUGGCACACCAGCUCGACUUUCCUCCCCGCAGACGAUGCAUGGCAGGGACAGGAUGAUCCUUCAGCAAUUGACCUAGAUUCUGACUGGAAGGCUCCCACGGAAGAGUGGGGAAACUGGACAGGAGAUGAGGAGCAUCAGACAGGGGACGAAAAGGUGAAGGAUUUGCCAAAAGGCAAAGCAGGCAUUCAUUUCUGCCUUUCUGGACUCGAAAGCAAAACACAGCAGAAGAAGAAGAAAAUUGAAGUGAAGGAAGCAAGGGGUGGAGCUGGACUGAGGCAUGUGAGUAUUUUGGGAAAGAUGGUAGUGAAAGGCAAUUUCAAUACUUUAAUCCUUUCUAAAACAAAUAAACAGGAGCCCCAGCAAGGUUUGGAAACAAGAAUGGAAGAAGGCCCAAGGGACUUGAUAUCUACAAAACAUAGCAGUGAUGCAGUCUGUGCUUCCUUCAGAAAAUCCUUGGACAUUGCUAAUAAUUCACCCAAUAACAAUGUACCUGGAAAAAAGGAGAGGAGGAAGAGGAAGAAAAUGAAGAAAGAGACUUGAGGGAGCUGUGCAGCUGCCAGAGUGACAACCCAAUGGGGCAGGCAUGCCGAUGAGCUGCAAGGAUUCUGCUUUCUGCGAUGCCGCGCUGAGCCCAAAGGAAAGAGCGGCUCUAGGAGACCUCCCAGCAAGAGGAAGAGAAGAGGAGCAGUGAGCCAGAGAGCGUGAGUGUGUGAGAAAACGGAGAGAAUGAGCACGCUGUGCACAGGAGGUGGCAUUGAACCAGUGUGGCUGUUCAUUACAAACUGCUGCCCUUGAUUAAAAGCUGUUGAAUGGGUUUUGACUGGUUGCAUUAAGUCCUUUCAGUUUUUCACUGUCAUGUUGUUCGUCAACUUGUAAUGUUAUAUGCCAUUGUAGAAAUGGUCGGGACGUACCUGACCGUGAUUGUACUCCAUUUCCAUGGAGGGUCCACCAGCUAGUCUGGUCUCCUCUGGCAUUUUUGCAGAGGUGCUCAUCGACAGGCUAGUAAUGUACAGAAGGAAGCAUUGUUCAGAGACAAAGGGAGAAUAAGGUGGAUUGUUCUCAAACCUCCUAAAUCUUUUAAAUCCUUGUUGGCUGCUACAGUCAGCUUUUUGCCUCAUACCCUGGCAUGUAAGUAUAAACAUUUCACCCACGUCAGGCUAGCUUGCUCCACAAGGGAAAAUUUCUAAAGGAGGUUUUAAACUUAUUUGGAAAGAUGGUCUAAACCAUUUUUUUUCUCCUCAGAUUUCAUGGUGGGCUGAAGUUUAAAGUCUGUAUGUCCAAAGCAUGUUGCAUUUGUACUUAUAGUAGACUGAAGUAACUUUUUGAAAUCAUUCUUCUUAAUCUGAUGUUUGGAAGUUUUUAUCAUUUUGUUACUUAAAUAUUCUAAUAUAAACUAAAUUUGUGGCCAAAAUUUUUUAAAAUGUCGUUUUAGUAUUUAUUGAAGAGUCUGUGUUUCUCAUUAUCAGAGGGCUUAUAGUAUGGAGGAGGGAAUGUGUUGCAAUUGAAUAGUGUGUUUUAUAAAUAAUGCUGAGCUGACACCACUAAAAGCUGAAGCCCUUUAUCCCUAGAGGAGCCGCAGCUUUAGCAGUAGCUGUGAGGAUUUCUUCGGAUGGUCCUGAGACUGUGCCUCCACCUGACCCAUCCUAGGAGUGCUGCCUCAAAGGAUGAGACAGUGAUUGUCAAAUCUCCAUCUGCAUUCGACUUUGUGUCUUUGGAGAUUGUGUGGGAAGAUUAUGUUAUUAAUGCAUGUUAAAUGUACGCACGGUCCGUCUGUAGGCAUUGGGCUGAUGCUGUGAAACUCAUUUCACGUAGGACACUGAGUAACCAGCGAUGUUUGUUAAUGGCGUUAAAGCUCUACAGCAGCACUCCUGUUCUUCUGCCAUCACAGCCACCCAGUCCCUGAUGCUGGCUUGUCUGAGCUUUACCUGCAGCUCAAUACUUUUACCUGAUGGCCUUCAUCUGUUGUAUACCUGUCAAAGCAGCUACAUCCUUCAGAGAAGCAAUUAAUUGCAGCAAUGUAUUUGUGUUUGGAGUUUAGCUACUGUAUGUGAAAGGGCAGUUCUCUUGUGCUGUGAUUUUUGGGGUAGCUAGCUGUACAGUGUGCCCUGAAAUUUAGCACAGCAGGAUUGUUUCAGACAGACAGGUGAGGGGUAAUCUUAACUGUGACCACUUAGGAGCCCACUGUCUAGAAUCUGCACAUCUUGGUGUUUGUGUCUCAGUAUAGGGGAAAUACAGGCAGUUUAUGAAUGGACUGAAUAGACCAACGAGCUUUUAUCUGGAAAGUAACUGGUUUGGAGCAGAUGCAUAACAAGAAAAUACAUGGCCUCACUGGCGAAACAAGUACAGCAAGUUCAAGGAUUUAGACGAUGUGUUAAUGGGUAUGUGGGUAAUGAGUAAAGUUCUGCUAUCUCUGAAGCCAAUGGAAAACAUUCAUUGACCUCAUUGGGGCCAGGAUGUUGCCCAAGGUCUUUGUUUAGCAUUGAAGAUAACCUCUGUCAUCCAAAAAAAAAAAAAAAAAGAAGAAUGAAAGAGAUGAUAGAGAAGCUCACAAGAUUGGUAGACUCCAGAUUGUUUCUGCUUUUUUCUCUAUAUCUGCUUGGAAACUUUUUGAUGUCUGUGUAAUUAUGUUUUAUUUCAACAUGUUACAGUAUUUCAAAUGUUCAUUGUUUUUAUAAUUAAAAAAUCAAAACUUUUUGCCCAAA